AUGAAACCGGUCGCCAUGAGGAGCGCACGUGUCGUUGAAAUUAUUUUAUUUCUAACGCUAUGUUUGGGACUCCAAGCAAAAGUGUACAAGAGAUGCGAAUUGACUCGUGAACUUUUGAAGAAUAAUUUCUCAAGGACAUUUCUUAGCAAUUGGGUAUGCCUAAUAGAACAGGAGAGUGACAGAAACACAUCAGCUUUUGUAGUGAAGAGUUCUAGAAGAAAGUACUAUGGAUUGUUCCAAAUAGGAAGUGAAUGGUGUAAGGAAGGCAAGAAAGGUGGGAAGUGUGACAUUACUUGUGAAGCACUACUAGACGAAGACAUAAAAGACGAUGGCAUCUGCGCAGUGAAGGUGUUUGAGCAAGAAGGAUUCAAAUACUGGUCGAAAUGGGAAGCCAGGUGCAAGGGACAACUAUUGCCUGAUAUUGAAAAAUGUCCAGACUGGGUGCACCCACCCAACAGAGCGUCUCCACCUCGAGACAAAAGAACAGCAAGAGGCAAGAGAAGUAUCCGAAGAUUUAGCAGAAGAUCCAUAUUUCUGAGCCAACCUUUUUAG